AUGGCGAGAAAAGGGACGCGUAACGGCGGACACCGUCCAACAAGCCGCGACCGGGCAGGUGGAGACUCCGGUAGCGUCGUCGAACAAGAAGAGCAGGGGGAAAGGGUAGCUCGAAAGGAGGUGGAGAUGAGGCAGGACGGGGGGUCGAAAUGCGGCAGGGGGGCACGCAGCCGGGAUUGUGGACCCCUAGGAGAGGACGAGGCAGCGCGGCGUAUUCAAAAGGCUGAGCGUAGACGACAGAGGGGUGCGAGGGUGUCCUGUCAGCAGCAGGAGCGAAACGGCGGUAAAGACGUGAUUGGGGAGGAUGUUGCAGCCAGACGUAUCCAAUCGCGGGUGAGGCGCUGGAACACCAAAGGGCAUGAGGAGAAACACUUCACACUCGCCAACGAACCAAGCGCUAACGAACGGGACGGAUUCCCCAGCAGCUCACCCGAGGGCUACGCGGCGCUAAGCUUGACCGCAAGGUCCCCCAGCCCCUCCCGGCGGCACCAGCAGCCACGGUCCUGGAUGUCUCCCGGGAAGGCGGCGGCGACCGCGGCGGCGGCGGCGGCGCAGGAGGCCGCGAGGGCAGCGGCGGCAUCGGUAAAGGCUGCGGAGGCGGCGGCGGACGCCGCGGAAGCGGCCGAGGCAGCCGCAGAGGCGGAAGAGGAGUCCCAGCAGUCGCAAUCGAACGCUUUCCGCUCGCCCCCGCGGACGAACUCCGAGCCCCGCCGACAUCCGUCCCCGGCUCAGUCUGCGUUUUGGGUCACGGACGGGAACGAGAGGGGGUCAGCAGACCACGGCCACGCCGACGGAAGCAGCCCAAAGUCGCGCACCCCCCGCCCGAUGGACGAUUUGUCCACCGAGGGGGAGGGCGGCAGAGCGGAGGAACGCCACGCAGGGGGGGUACGACAUAGAGGACAAGAUGGUGAGGAUCACGGCAGCAGUGGACGCGGAGGCACCGAGGAAGAGAUGCUGAAACGGGCGCGCGAACAGGCACGAAGGCACGCUCGAGAGCGACGGGCCCGUGCGAUGGCGAAGGAGCAAGAGUCAAAGCGAGAGCUACAGGCGGUUCAGGCCGACCUCGUAAAGGCGGAGGAACUGCGCGAAAGGCAGGCCAUGGCCGAGAAGUCUGCUUUGGAGGCCAAACGAGCUCGGGUGAUGGAAGACAUGAAGAGGCGUCAGCAAAGGUUGCAGCGCCUUCAAGAGGAAGAAGGCUUGCUACGGAGGCGGGGGGAAUCCCGAAAUUCUAGCCCCAGCAGAUCUUCCUCCGCGGAUGCCCCGUGGAACAACGGGGAGCACGGACAAGGAGCGAUAGGUGGGGGGCAGAUGGGGGCAGAGGGUGACGAUGGGGCUACGGCGGUCUCGUUGCCGCCGCUGGAGAGGGGCGGGGGGCUGGGAGACGCGCGGGCGAGGCGGAAGCCGAGGCACGUGUCGACGUUUCGGGAAAGGAUCCUGGAGGAGAGACGGCUAAGAAAAGAGGUCGACGUGUUGAAGCGGAAGGAGGUGGAGGAGAAGCACACCCGCCAAGCCGACUACGCCGCCAAGAUCCGGGCGCAGGCGAGGCGUGCCCUAGCAGCCGAGCAACGGCGCGCGCGAGCAGACGCCGACUUGAACGCUCGGAGAAGCGGCGGCAGCCAAUCAGCGGUCGACCGAACCCCGAUCGCCAUCAAGCGACCAAAGCGCGAAGGCGAGUGGGGAGUCUUCUCCUACGCUCCGGACAGACCCGCCGACGAGCCUUCCCCCAAGAUAGGACAAGGACGACCUUGCGACGGCCGCCCGGCGGAGUCUGGAUUCGGGUCUACGGGGAGGGUCCACGGGCGGCUGGGAACGUCGGAGUUGGUGGACAGGAUGAGGAAGGAGCGGGCGAGAGCGACCGAUGCGAGUCGUGCGCGGGCGGCGGCAGCGGCUGCAAGAGGAGGUGGUCGUGGCGGAACCGAACACAACGAUGGUACACAGGAUGACACCGGUGGCUACGGAAGUGAACCAAACGGGACAGCGCCGGCAGGUGGCGACGGGGGCGAUCAAGGCCGGGGUGGGCACGAAGUAGAGAUGCAUCCACGCAGACCAUCUCGUGGUGGGGGUGCGGGUAGCAGCAGUGGGAGGGCAAACGCUGCGCGGCGGUACCAAGGCGCACAAAACAGGCCGCCGCCGCCACGACAAAACCGUCCAGCCGCUACCGGAAGAAAUGUUCACGCCAUGUACGAGGAGAGGCUAGCAGCCCUCGAGCGACGCCUUGCGGAAGGAGGAGGGAAAAGAGGUGGAGGGGGAGGAAUACAAAGAGGAGAAGCAGCAGCAGGAGGACGAGAACAAGACGCAAGGACCGGAAAUCGAGGUUCGAAUGCUGGUGGAAAUCCAUCGGGUGGGAGUGGCAGCGACGGCGCGCACGCGGGAAGAACAAGCGGCGGAGCAGAGACAAGAUCGACUCGAGAGGAGGGGGAGUGGGGGGCCGAAAACAACCCUUUCGGGUACCGCAAGCUGUCCAGGGGGAACGAGGGUCCUAGAUCGAUCCCAUCGUCGGGCGUGGGUGGCGAACGGUUGGUCAAUAGCCGGAGAGGGUCCGAGGCUAGUGGAGGGGACGAUGUAGAGGGAUUGAGCACCAUGUACAUGGGCCCUAUCACGCACAAGAUGGCCGAGUUACGGGCGGGCAACGGUUGA